AUGGCGCAACCCACCACCGCCGAAAUCGUCUCCUUAUAUCGUUCCUUUAUCCGAGUUCAACACAGCUGGCCACGACAGGACGCACGCCCGGCCAGUCUGAGGAAGCACCUACUGGAACGUGUGCGCAUCGAGUUCAGGGAGCCGGUGGUGGAGGGUGAGGGGCUACGGGUGCGGUACGCGCAUGGGGAACAAGAGCUGAGAAGUCUGAGAAGGUUAUUGAAGGGGGAGAUCGACAAGGAAUUCCCGUUAUCACCGUCUUCAACAAUGCUGGACUUCCUGCCCGCGAAAAAGAUGUACACGCUGCUUGAUCAAGCGGCCCAGCAAGAAUUGGCAGACAAAAGCAGCGUCAGCUAUUUCAAGGAUUAUGUUGCGAGCAAGUUUGAGCGGUGA